AUGGACUGGAAGCGGAGCCUGCGGGGCCGCCUGGCCGCCCGCCGUGCCCCCAAAAAGAGUGAACAAGAACUGAAAGAUGAAGAAAUGGAAUUGUUCACAAAAUAUUACAUGGAAUGGAAAGGAGGAAGGAAAAGUGGGAAUACAUCAUAUACAAACAUACCACGAUUUUACUACAGGCUGCCAGCUGAAGAUGAAAUCUUGCUUCAGAAAUUAAGAGAAGAAUCUAGAGCAGUCUUUCUGCAAAGAAAAAGUAGAGAGCUGUUGGAUAAUGAAGAGCUGCAGAAUCUGUGGUUUCUACUGGACAAACAUCAGACAAUACCAAUGAUUGGGGAAGAAGCAAUGAUCAACUAUGAGAACUUCUUGAAAGUUGGUGAAAAGGCUGGACCUAAAUGCAAGCAGUUCUUCACAGCUAAGAUCUUUGCUAAAUUACUCCAUAAUGAUCCUUAUGGGAGGAUAUCUAUCAUGCAGUUUUUCAAUUAUGUCAUGAGAAAAGUGUGGCUUCACCAGACAAGAAUAGGUCUCAGUUUAUAUGACGUGGCAGGACAGGGUUACCUCAGAGAAUCAGAUUUAGAAAACUAUAUUUUGGAACUCAUCCCUACUUUGCCACAACUGGAUGGUUUAGAGAAAUCCUUUUACUCCUUCUAUGUCUGCACAGCAGUUAGAAAGUUCUUCUUCUUUCUGGAUCCUCUCAGGACAGGGAAGAUAAAGAUCCAGGAUAUUUUAGCUUGCAGCUUCCUGGAUGAUUUACUGGAGUUAAGGGAUGAAGAACUUUCUAAAGAAAGUCAGGAAACAAAUUGGUUUUCUGCUCCUUCUGCAUUAAGAGUUUAUGGCCAGUACUUAAACCUUGAUAAAGAUCACAAUGGUAUGCUCAGCAAAGAAGAACUGUCCCGAUAUGGAACAGGCACUCUGACCAACAUCUUUUUGGAUCGUGUCUUUCAGGAGUGCUUAACUUAUGAUGGUGAAAUGGACUAUAAAACCUACCUGGACUUUGUGCUUGCAUUAGAAAACAGAAAGGAGCCUGCAGCUCUGCAAUAUAUUUUCAAACUGCUUGAUAUAGAGAACAAAGGAUACCUGAAUGUCUUUUCCCUUAAUUAUUUCUUUAGGGCUAUUCAGGAACAAAUGAAAAUCCAUGGACAAGAGCCAGUGUCUUUUCAGGAUGUCAAGGAUGAGAUCUUUGAUAUGGUGAAGCCUAAGGAUCCUUACAAAAUCUCCCUUCAAGACUUAAUCAAUAGCAGUCAAGGAGACACUGUUACCAGCAUUCUCAUAGAUCUGAAUGGGUUCUGGACAUAUGAGAACAGAGAGGUCCUGGUGGCCAGCGAUAAUGACAGCACUGCUGAUGUUGAUGAUACGUGACCUUGAACAGGAGCAGACUGUACCCAAGAGAGAUCUCAGUGUGAUGCUCCAACUGCUGGAAGAGGAAAAUAUUCAUUAGCUGAAUCAAUGCCUCUCCCCUUCUGCCUUCCCCUAGAAUAUAAAAUGUGGUACGUACAGGAGUUGCAGAACUUGCAUCUGAAACCGAAAAAGCAAGUGGUGU